ACCAUGCUGGAUUGACUGCAGACAAGCAAGCACAAUCAAUGGCUGGGCUUUGAAAUCGUUCCCAAUUUAUCGGCAAGGAAGAGAGGAGUGAGACGACAGACAAGCGUGCGUGUGCGUGCGUGCGUGCGUCCGAGCGGGGUGGAAUUAAAGAUCCCCCCACUUGAUUUCCUCCCCCAAACAUGGAGCUUACAAUGGAGAACAUUGGCAACCUGCACGGCGUGGCUCACUCCCACCAAAGCGGGGACCUGAUGAACUCCCCCCACCACGCGCGGCAGCCGUCGGCGGCGGCGUCGCACCGGAACUUGGUGUCGUCCCACGGCCGCUCGGCCAUGGUGUCCAGCAUGGCCUCCAUCCUGGAGGGCGCGGGCGACUACCGCGCCGAUCACGCGCUCUCCGGGCCCUUGCACCCGGCCAUGAGCAUGUCGUGCGACUCGGGCGGAAUGAGCCUGAGCAGCACCUACACCACGCUGACGCCGCUGCAACACCUGCCGCCCAUCUCCACCGUGUCGGAGAAGUUCCACCACCCGCACCCCCACGCGCACCAUCACCAUGCAGCGCACCAGCGACUCGCGGCGGGCAACGUCAGUGGCAGCUUCACGUUAAUGCGGGACGACCGGAGCCUGGCCUCCAUGAGCAACCUCUACGGCCACUACCCCAAGGACAUGUCCGGCAUGGGCCAGUCGCUGUCCCCGCUUUCCAACGGCCUGGGUCCGCUGCACGGCUCCCAGCAGUCCCUGGGCGCUUACGGACCGGGAGCUCACCUCUCCAACGACAAAAUGCUCUCCGCGGGGGGCUUCGACUCGCACGCCGCUAUGCUGUCCAGGGGCGAGGAGCACCUGGCGCGGGGGCUCGGCGGCCACGGCGCCGGCCUCAUGACUUCCCUGAACGGCAUCCACCAUCACCACCACAGCCACCCGCACUCUCAGGCCAACGGCUCCAUGCUGUCAGAUCGGGACCGGCAGACGGUGGUGGGGGGCGCGCAGGGGGGCGGCUCCGGCCAGGUGGAGGAGAUCAACACCAAGGAGGUGGCGCAACGAAUCACGGCCGAGCUCAAGCGCUACAGCAUCCCGCAGGCCAUCUUCGCGCAGAGGAUCUUGUGCCGCUCGCAGGGCACCCUGUCCGACCUGCUGCGGAACCCUAAACCGUGGAGUAAACUCAAGUCGGGCCGAGAGACCUUCCGGAGGAUGUGGAAGUGGCUCCAGGAGCCCGAAUUCCAGCGGAUGUCGGCGCUGAGGCUUGCAGCCUGCAAGCGCAAAGAACAGGAGCAACACAAGGACCGCAACACGGCACCCAAAAAGCAACGCCUGGUCUUCACCGACCUGCAGAGGCGUACGCUCAUCGCCAUCUUCAAGGAGAAUAAGCGACCAUCCAAAGAAAUGCAGAUCACCAUCUCCCAGCAGCUCGGGCUGGAGCUCAGUACCGUCAGCAACUUCUUUAUGAACGCGCGACGCCGCUGCGUGGACCGCUGGCACGACGACCACGGUACCAGCCCCGGGCAGCCGGGAACCUCCGCCACUACCUUCUCAAAGGCUUGAGAGAAGGAGAAAGCGUAGGAGGACCCAUACACAACUUUCCCUGGCCUGGACUGUCCGAGUACGCCCCCACCCCUACGAGUAAAAAAAAAAAAAAAUCCUUUGUGCCAUGCAAUCAUCUUUUUGUCAAAAAUCGUCAAGCUCUAAAUGGGGAAAUAGGUAAAGUCAGGUCCACUCUGUGUUACUCACAAGGACAAUCAUUAAUUCUGAGAUUUUUUGUUUUGAAAGGAAAUCAUCCUUAGGGCAUCUAAGUUAAGAGACACCAAAGAUUUUUUCUGUUGUUGUUGUUGGACGGUAUUGGGCACAACCGACGUAGCCACUGAUUCCGACUCCCUCCCCGCCCCACGUCACCGGCAAUAAACCUGAUACAACAGCACAUAGCCUUACUAUCCGAGCCCGACGCCACACACACAAGAUCGUCUUAAACCAAACCGACGUAUAGGCUUUCCUCGCCUCUACCUCCCCCACAUCUCAAAGGUAUUCCCCGAUGGCCGGCCAUCUCACAAAGCAGCUCUGCCUGAUCACACGGCCGACUAAUGAAUUGAAAAAUGAAUCGAUGCGGACGGCGAGCUGGGCCUCGACCUCUCCCUCAAGGCGAAAAUGAAGACGCUCGGCGGCAGGUCUUCCGGGCCCAGGUCUAUAUUUUUUUUUGCACAGAUGUUGGAGGGCCUGCCAUUGUAAAGCCUGAGCCCAGAGUUCUUUUGAACCGCGGGAGAGGCCUGGCGACACGUCUGGACGAGCUCUUUGUUCCGCCGGGAGGUUUUUUUUCUCUUCUUCUCUGAUCGAUAAGCCGAAAAGCGACGGCUAAGCGACAAAAACACGCUAGGGCAUCCGUCCUGUUUCUACAGGGAGAGUGAAAGAAGCACCCAGUGGAGAUGGUGGCACAAAAGGCCCCAUGUAACAGCAGCACACCUCAACAGCAGAGCCGCAGUGCGCCCUGCCGGCCAAAGCGUAGAGGAGAGUGGCACAACACCUUAAUCAAUAAGCAGCCAUUACCCUAUUGUUGCUCCUGGAUAAGAGAGGGGGGUGGUUCAACCCAGUUGGAAAAUUGCAGGGAUCAAGACCAAAAAGUUUGACAGCGUUACAAACAAAAAAAAUGAGGGGGAAAAAGGUACACAAACAAAACGAGGCGCAAUAGCAGUUUACUAUUUAUUUUGGGAGGCUUCGUUGUUCCAUUCAAAGGAGUAUUUGGGCCACAAUGAAAGGGAAAAAAAAACAUUGUAUGAGUGCGAGAAAGAAAGUCAAGAUCGAAGGAAGCAAACAAAGUCUAGCAGUAGGUAAUCCUAACUAUACACUGCAAGAAAAAAAAUGCUCGUCAGAAAUUCUUUCUUCACCUCCCUUCAUAAAAUGACAAGUAUUACAUAUUUUGUCCAUCAAAAAGAAAUAUUGAACAUUGUAAACAUUCUAGAGCAGUGGUUCUCAUGCUUUGUACACAAAGUCCUACCUCAAAAAAAUACUUAAUGGCUGCCAUUACGGCACAAGAUGUCCAACUCAUUUUUAACUGGGAGGGCUAGCAGCAUAGGCGGAGUUUGACUUUUGGGGCGGGGGGGGCAAAACAUGUUGAUGACCCCGAAACGCAGUGUCAGCAAUAAAAUUAACUUACAAGAAUAUUUAUAAUACUAAGUUGACAAUGAGCGUUUUUUUUUCCCCCAUCAUUCUUGAGGGGAAUUCUAAAUCAGGCUGCUUAGGCAAUACUUUUCGCCAAGAUUGUCAUCCAUUGAAUAUGGUACGCCCGCAGGUGUCAUGCCAAUGUAGUUACCCCAGUCAAAAAUUGGUAUUCCCUGGGCGCAGCAAUAUGGAGGUACAUUUGUGUCUUUAUUAUUCAACCCAAAAAAAUGUCGCUUCAAUUAAAAAAAAUAAGUGUUUGAAUGCAAAAAUAAAUUUGAAACGCAAUGUGUUUGAAUGCAAAAAUACAUUUGAAACUCAAAAGACUCCCCCCCCAAAAAAUGCAUGUGAAAGCUAUUUUUCUUUGAUUUUUAUUUUAUUUAUUUUAAUUUAUUUAUUUUUGACUGAAGUCAAGUUAAUUUGAUUGAAGCAACUUUUUUGAUUGAAUAUUUGAGACUGAAAAAUUUGCAUUUGAACACUUCAUUUUUCAUUGAAAAAGUUUUCUUUGAUUGAAGCAAUCCUUUUUUGGGGCCAUAUUAUGAUUAGGACAUUUGUGUCUAAAUCAUUCAAUCCCUAAAAAAGUUGCUUCAAUCAAAAAAAAUAUUUUUGGUCAAAAAAAAAAAAAUUAAAAAAAAAUUUUCCC